AUGCGCCUCGCUGUCGUCCUUUCGCUCGUCUCCUCACUCCAGAUUUUUCAACAAAGUUCCGUCGAUCCCCAAGGACUUUCCGCCGUACAGUUUGCCGUCGUUUCUUCUUCUUUUCCGCUAGGUUUCAAACGAUUCAUUCGAGUUUUUUCUUUCGAGCUUUUCAUAGAAAACUUUCGAAAAUAAAGAACAAAUGAAAACAUCCUUCAUUUUCCGAUCGUCCGUCAUUGAUAUUGACCUUAACUUUUAACCCUCAGAAUGUCACCUUUUUUACUUGGUUUUAAAUUAGAAACAAAACUAACAAAAAAAAAAGUAAAACAAAAGUGAUGGGGAGUUUUAAAUAUUUACAUAAACAGUUUAAUAUUUUUAAAUGUUUUGAGGUAAAUUCAUUUCGACACUUUUCCUAUCACUGUGGAACGAAGUUUGUCUUCACGCUGUCCUCGAUCGUUGCGCGGUGUCUCUUAUCUUCGGAGCGCUCAUCUCCUGCUUUCCAGUGCUCCCCACACAAGGUCUGCACCUCUGGCAACCUUAACCUCUCCAAGAACUCCUCAGUUGUCGGUCGCUUCUUGAUGGGAUGCGGCGCCGGAGCCGGCUUCGUCUGCGCGCCGGUCGUCCUGCGACUUUCGGUUCCAACUCGACUGCGACCUUCGAACUUCCUUUUCCUCGCCGCUGCUUUCUCCGUUGGAACUUUUUUCGCCAAUUGUCUGCCGCUUUUCCGUGGCUACGUUUCGACUUCCACACUCGCUGCAUUGUUCUCGGCAGCUUCUGGUGAAACUUUAACCCAGUCAUUGAAGAAGAAGUUCACAUAAUACCGUCAAAGAAAAUAGAGUUCGAAGAUUUCUCGAUUGACUGCGUCAUUGCGCUAGAAACUGAACUCAAAAUUUGAGAUUGUGAAAGUAUUCCCGCAGGCUUUGAUUAUGUUUAAAUGACCUCGAAAGACGGAUUUUUCUACUUGGACCGAUUUUUAAUAAGAUAUUCUGCGCUUUUUUGAGGAAUAACUUACCUGGCGGCUAGACCGAGCGAGUACGCUUCGUCGGCCACGGAAGAGACGCUGAGCGUUUCGCAAACUGAACAACUGGAAAUCGUCCGUUCCCGUCAUCCAUAUGCUUUUGUGUCCGUUCUGAUGCUCCUCAACGUUGUCAGUUUUUUUUUCUUCUGAAAUAUAAAAACUAAAUAAAGGAGAGGAGGUGACAGUCUAUUUAUUUUAGUUUUUGCGCUAAAAAAAAAAGCAGUACCGAGAUUACUUUGAUUAUAUGGAUGCCUAGCCAAAAACUGUAUUAAUUUUGUCACAUCCUACGACCAGUUUUUGAACCGUUUUCGGAGGUUUAAGAAAAAAGUGAACGAAUAGUAAUUUUUUUUGUUUUUCCGGUGACUAUUUGGCAUGGUAAAAACGUUAGCUCUGAAGUAACUCUGGCACCUCGGUUUUUUGAUUUGAUCAUUGUCAUCAGGAUAUGAACAUUCUGUAGAUUCGAGUGCUGACAGAGUGUAAAUUUGAUGAGAAAUUCGAAAACUGCAAUUUAGUCGAUCGGAGUGCCACUGAUGCAGACCUACUGCCGUACUCUUUUCGAUUACUUCGGCUCAUCGAGGACCACGUCGACGACUCUUUCACUGGCGUUUCCCCUCUUCCAGUUGCUCCCAAUUUUCCUUUCCACUGCAUUCAUCAACAAACGGUAAUGAUCCGUAUUUUCACUGCCGGAAAGCUUCUCAGACGCGCUCUGGUGUUGGGAGGAUACUAUUUGUCUCUAACUGCACAGUUCUUCAUUCUCGUCACGUCUUCCUAUCCAUUUCUGCCGUUUCAGGUUCAUUUCAAUCUUGAAAAAACCCUCAAAUAAUAGUAGAAUAAUUGGAAAAAGUAGCAAAGUUUCGAAGAUUUCAGCAUAAGAGACUGGCGAUGGAGUUUUUGCUGUUUCUCUUACCUGUCUUGUUUUCUGUGCCUUGCAACACGGCUCUCUGCAUGCUUUGUGGUAGUUGACUCGAAAUUUCCAUAGGCAGCAUUAUUUUUGAAGAACAGUUCGACUCUUCGGAUGUGAAGGUCUCGAGCCGGUCCCGCUGCUUCAUGUGGCUUCUGGCAACUCUCAGGUAAUCACCCCAUUUUGGAAAUGAACAAGUGGUUCAGUACUCUGACAUUCGGCCCGCUGAUGGAAUCGUCUGGGUUCACAAUGGCUUUCCUUCCGUACUUUUGCGUCUCCGUCUCUUCUUAUCUCCUGCUUGUCCUCAUUUUCCCUUCAAAACACUCCUUUGUUCUGGAUAUUUAA